AUGCCCCGUUCGUUUUUGGUGAAGAAAAUCAAGCUUGAUGAUUUCUCUUCAUCCAAUGCUGCCUCUAAUCACCAUCACCACCUGGACGACUCAUUCACUCCUUUCACACGCUCCAUCACUGACUCUGUGACCAACUUGGGGGUUCGUCUCAGUGAGAAUGGCUACAUCCAGGAUUACAUCACGCCAUCGGUAUACCAGGGGGAGAAGAAGAUGGAGCUCAAGCUGGCCUCGCCAGGGUCUGACCCCCUUUACACCCAGGUGAGCAGCGGGGGCGAGGAGUACUGUGACCCUGACCUGGAGCACCCUGACAGCCCCCAGUCCGGCAUGACGGCCAGCGGCUUCUACAGCGGCGAGGCGGAGGCCCCAACCGAGGGUUAUACUAUGGAUGCCUUCUUCAUCUCCGACGGGCGCUCGCGGCGGAAGGGAGACGGUGACGGCCGUAAGGGAGGUAGUUCUGUCACGUCCAAUGCCGAUGCCACAGAGGAGAGGGAGGCAGGGGCCGCCGGCACGGCCCGCCACUCCUGCAACGAGUGCGGCAAGACGUACGCCACUUCAUCCAACCUCAGCAGGCACAAGCAGACGCACCGUAGCCUGGAUAGCAAGAUGGCACGCAAGUGUCCCACCUGCGAUAAAGUGUAUGUGUCCAUGCCGGCGCUGGCCAUGCACAUCCUCACCCAUGACCUCAAGCACAAGUGCGAUGUGUGCAGCAAGGCCUUCAGCCGGCCCUGGCUCCUGCAGGGCCACAUGCGCUCGCACACCGGGGAGAAACCGUUCGCCUGCGCCCACUGCGGCAAAGCCUUUGCUGACCGCUCAAACCUCCGCGCCCACAUGCAAACCCACUCUGCCUUCAAGCACUACCGCUGCAAGCGCUGCAAUAAGACCUUCGCCCUGAAAUCCUACCUGAACAAGCACUAUGAGUCAGCCUGCUUCAAGGGAUCUGGGGACGAAGAUGACGACGAGUCCUGCUCUGAGAACUAG